AUGCAUGACGCAACUGAUAUACAUGAUGUCAUCUUCUUUGAUUUAACAAGAAUUAAAAUGGGUAGAAACUCUGUUGUAUUAAUAGCAUGGAUUGUAAUUGAUACUUUAAUAGCUACAAUUAUCUUAUGUCAUGCUGGGGGGAGCUAUGAAGAAAAGAGUAGAAUAAGAGGCUCAAAUAACCAACCAAACAUGAUUUAUAUUCCAUUUUACUUAUUUUGCAUAACUAGUACAUACAAUAAAAAGCAAAGAAUACAUAUUUUGAUUCCCUUUUGCCCUUGCUUUAGGAUAACCACCAUAUUUGAGGUAAUAUGGAUUAUGCGUUAUUUAAGGUACGCAUUAUUCUUUUAUGUAAUUAAUAUGUUGGAACAAUAUGGUAUUCCAGAACACUGUGAACCAACAUGUCCACAAUGCAGUAUUUGGUGA